UGGGUUGGCGCAAAGAUGAGUCGCGGGGCAACAGCUGGGCCUAAGGGAAAGAAAAAGGGAGCAUCCUUCACCAUCGAUUGUUCAAAGCUGGUCGAAGAUAAGAUCAUGGAUAUCGCUUCUCUGGAGAAGUUUCUUCAGGAAAGGAUCAAGGUUGGCGGUAAGGCCGGUGCUCUCGGCGACUCCGUCACCGUCACCCGCGAAAAGACUAGGAUCAACGUUUCCUCCGACUCUAACUUCUCUAAGCGGUACCUCAAGUACUUGACUAAGAAGUAUUUGAAGAAGCACAAUGUUCGGGAUUGGCUUCGGGUGAUUGCUUCCAACAAGGACCGGAACAUUUAUGAACUCCGCUACUUCAAUAUUGCCGAGAACGAAGGUGAAGAGGAAGAAUAAAGAAUCAAUUCAUCUCCUUCUCUUUGUUACCAUUCUGGUUUUAUUAGUUUCGAGGGAACUCAUUUAUAUUCAGGACUUGUUUGGGGUUGGUUUUUGACCCCCAACUUUUUUUUUAUAUCAAGUUUUGGUUGCUGAUAGUUAAUUUCUUUGUUUAUGUAUUAAUCUGUUAGAUGC